AUGACGGGGCUGUACGAGCUGGUGUGGCGGGUGCUGCACGCGCUGCUCUGCCUGCACCACACACUCACCUCCUGGCUCCGCGUUUGGUUCGGCACCUGGAACUGGAUCUGGCGGCGCUGUUGUCGCGCCGCCUCCGCCCAGGUCCUAGCGCCGCUCGGCUUCAUGCUCCGCGAGCCCCAGGCUGCCGGCAGGAACCGCCGUCACCACCGGCAUCCGCCUUUGGGCCCGACCCCAGCCGCCGCCCACCGGCGGCUACGCUGGGGCGCGGACGGCCGUUCCCUGGAGAAGCUGCCUGCGCAUAUGGGCCUGGUGAUCACCGAGGAGGAGCAGGAACCCAGCUUCUCGGACAUCGCAAGCCUUAUGGUGUCGUGUAUGGCUGUGGGCAUUUCUUACAUUAGCGUCUACGACCACCAAGGUAUUUUCAAAAGAAAUAAUUCCAGAUUGAUGGAUGAAAUUUUAAAACAACAGCAGGAACUUCUGGGCUUAGAUUGUUCCAAAUACUCACCAGAGUUUGCAAAUAGUAAUGACAAAGAUGAUCAAGUUUUAAAUUGCCAAUCGGCAGUGAAGGUGCUGUCCCCAGAAGAUGGAAAAGCAGAUAUUGUGAGAGCUGCUCAAGACUUUUGCCAGUUAGUAGCCCAGAAGCAAAAGAAAUCCACAGAUUUGGAUGUAGAUAUGUUAGACAGUUUACUUAGUUCAAGUGGUUUCCCUGAUCCUGAUUUAGUAUUGAGGUUUGGUCCUGUGGACAGCACACUAGGCUUUCUUCCCUGACACAUCAGGUUGACUGAGAUUGUCUCUUUGCCUUCCCACCUAAACAUCAGUUAUGAGGACUUUUUCUCUGCCCUUUGUCAAUAUGCAGCCUGUGAACAGCGUCUGGGAAAGUAAUCAUCCUUGGUUGUGUAAUUUGAUUUCAGGCUUUUGGAGAAAAGGACUCAAGUGACUCUGAUGUUUACAAAGCACCUAUGAAACCCUGUACACCUAGUUCAUAAUUGUCAUAAUUUAUCAGCAAACAUGAAAAAGUGUCUUACUUGAGAGUAAGAGUACGUGUGAGUGAGUAUGUGUGCAUGUGUGUGUGUGUGCACGUGCAUGCGUAUGCCGUGUGUGAGUGGGAAUAAACUUAUAAAUGGGGGAAGUAUUGGAGAAGGAAAUAUGUGGACUUGCACCUUUGAGCAAAUAGCAGCAAUGUUUUAGGAGCUGAAAUUUCAGAUUUACAGGCUUCAGCCCCAAC